AUGGCGUUUGUGACAACAGCGGAAGUUUGUGACGCGAAUCAAGAGCUGAUUCGGAGUGGUCAGCUCCGAGCUUUGCAACCCCUUUUCCAGAUUUACGGCCGUCGACAAAUAUUCUCAGGUCCAGCAGUUACUGUCAAAGUGUUUGAAGACAAUGGCUUAAUCCGUCAAUUCAUCGAAGAGAAAGGAAACGGUAGAGUUCUUGUGGUGGAUGGUGGAGGGAGUCAACGGUGUGCGAUACUCGGAGGUAAUCCGGUGGUUCAAGCGCAGAACAACGGAUGGGCAGGGAUUGUUGUGAACGGAUGCAUAAGAGACGUCGAUGAGAUCAACGGUUGUGACAUUGGAGUGAGAGCUUUGGCUUCUCAUCCGAUAAAAGCGAGCAAGAAGGGACUUGGAGAACAAAGAGUUCCGGUUAAUAUCGGAGGGACUCGGAUCUGUGAUGGUGAAUGGGUUUAUGCAGAUACUGAUGGCAUUCUUGUCUCUCAGAUUGAGCUCUCCGUUUGA